AUGUUUUGUGAAUUACUAAUCGUUGUACUCAUUACAUUUCACACUACUAGUACCGCUCCAGUUGAAGCACCUUCGCCUCCACGAUGGCCUUCAGUUUGGAUGGCAACUGGUAGUGUACAUUAUUUAUAUAAUAAUCAAACAACAAGUGCACAAAUAUUUUAUGACUGGACCCGACCAAUACAAGUGAUGAAUUCGAUGAGAGAAGAUUCUUAUACAUACACCAUAAUGCAUAAUGGAACGACUGUUUGGCGAUUAGAACGUGCAAAUCGAUCAUGUUGUAUUGAUCCUACACAAACAGGUGUGACACCACCAAAACCUGAUUGGUUACAAGUUGGUAAUCAAACUAAAUAUGAUGGGAUUGUGACUGUUAUGGAACAUGCAUGUCAUUCAUGGACAAAAGAUGUACCAGAUGUUGCAACAUUCUCAUGGUUAACAUCAGUCACAACUGGUAUUCCAUGUCGUCUUGGAUGGUUAAGUGCUGUGAAUAUUGACUUUUCAUAUUACUCGGAAAAUCGUGAUUUAUUACCAAAAGGGAUUUUUGAUGUACCUGAUUAUUGUCCACAUGUAAUUGAUUCACUUGAUUGGAUUAUGAAUGCAAUGGCACGUGUGAAAAUGGCUCGAACAGAGCCUCCACGUAUUAAACAAGAGGCAUCCGUAACUCUCGAUACUCGUAUUCCUGUCGAAGAAGAAUCAAAUGAUGAACAGGAUGUCUGA